GAUAACAAACGUGUUUGUCCUUGAAUCAAAUCAUAUCAUUCGAAUGAGAUGAUAACAUUCAUGUAUUUUUUUUCCAUUCAUUUGAGUUUCAAUCAAGUUCAAAUUCAGUUCAGUUCAGCUGAUCAUCAUCGUUGAUGUUGAAGUGAAGUGAUUUUUUUUCUGAUUUUUCUGAAUUUUGAGCCAAAACAACAACAACCACCAAGAUCAUAAUGGUGAAACCAAAAACAGCGAUUAUAAAUUGUGAACAAAUUGUUACAAUUUGUUCAAAUAAUCAACCAUUUUUAGCUGGUGAAAAACAAGAUAAAAUUGAAUCAAUUGAAAGACGUGAUCAUGGUGUUGGUGUUUCGAUUGUAUUCGAUGAUGAUGGCCGUAUAAUGGCCAUUGAUCAUCAUGAUCGUAUUGAUAAUUGGCUAUGUCAAAAUUAUGGUAAUAAUUGUUGGCAAACAAUCGAUACGAUCGAUGGUAUUGGUCGUUCAAUAAUACCGGGUUUAAUUGAUUCACAUUCACAUCCAAUUUGGGCCGGUGAUCGUAUUGAUGAAUUUGAUCGAAAAUUACGUGGUGCAACCUAUAUGGAAAUACAUGAAUCUGGUGGCGGUAUUAAUCAUACGGUACGUGAAACAAUACGUGCCAAUGAAUCGGAACUUUUACAAUCAUUAUUAUUGCGUAUCAAUCGAAUGAUCAGCUGUGGAACAACAAUAUUAGAAUGUAAAACCGGUUAUGGACUUGAUUAUGAAUGUGAAAGAAAAAUGUUACGAGUUAUUCAACAGGCAUCAACCAUGACACCGAUACAAUUGGUACCAACAUUUUUGGGUGCACAUUCGAUUCCAAGCGGAAUGACAGCCGAUCAAGGUGUUGAACAUGUAUGUAAAAUGAUGGAAAAAUUAUCACAUGAUGAUCCGGAAUUAAAAAUUGAAUUUUUCGACGUAUUCUGUGAAACUGGUGUUUAUGAUAAUCAACAAACUGAACGAAUUCUCCGAAAAGCACAACAAUUGUAUCCAGAAUCAAAACUAGCAUUUCAUGGUGAUGAAUUGAGUGAUCAGAAUUCCGGUUGUUUAGCUGCACGACUUGAUGCCUGUUCAGUAUCACAUCUAGAAUAUCUUAAUACUGCUGGAAUUGAAGCAAUGGCCACAAAAAUAGCUGGCAUUAUAAAUCCAACAACUUGUUAUCUAUUGAAAUUACGUAAACCACCUGUACGUGAAAUGAUAGCCAAUAAUGUACCAAUUGUAAUAGCUAGUGAUUACAAUCCAAAUGCAAUGUGUUAUUCAUUACCAAUGGCAAUGAAUCUUGCCACAAUUCAUUUGGGUAUGACAAUGAAUGAAUCAUUGAUUGCAACAACAUUGAAUGCAGCAUAUGCAUUGAAUAGAUCAAAUGAAUAUGGAUCAUUAGAAAUUGGUAAACGUGGCAAUUGUCUGUUAUUAAAUUGUUCAGAUUGGCGUCAUUUAAUCACUGAAUUUGGUAAUACAUCAUCAUUGAUACAUAAUGUAAUUAUCAAUGGUAAAAAUGUAUCAUCAAAUAGUAAUUUUUAAGAAAUGCCAAAAAAAAGAUCAUUUGUUUUACAAAUGUUUUUUUUUCACUAAACCAUCAAAAACACUGAAA